AUGGAUGCUUACACGCCGACCCUGGUGGCUCUGUUGAUCAUUUUGGCUGUUGUAUUCCUUUGCCGGAGCAAAUCUAGAAGUGCUCCGCUGUUGAUUAUUACACAAGUUGAAAAUGAAGAGCUGGAUACUGUUGGUGAUGAACUCGCCACUUUCCGCGCCAGAUACCUACAGAUCUACUCCCUCGCCAUUGCUGCGGAUUGGUUGCAGGGAUCUUUCACAUACAGCCUUUAUAGAAACACCCACCAGCUCACCGAGACGACAAUCGCAUCCCUUUUCAUCACAGGUUUUCUAAGUGCAGGAAUCGGGGCAUUCUUCGCUGGCACCUUUGCCGACAGGGUUUUGAGCGGUCUUGGCACAACCAUUCUAUUUACGGCCUUUGAGGCUUGGAUGAUUGCCGGAUGCAAUAGGCUCGGGUUUGGGGACGAAGAUGGGAUAUUGAACUCCAUUUUUGGAACCAUGUCGGUUCUCAAUGGCUUCAUUGCCAUCGCUUGUGGACUGGUAUCUCAGCUUCUCGUGAAACUGACUUCUUCUGAGAAGUCGCCAUUUAUAGCCAGUAUUUUCUGUCUUGUGCCGGCUUCAUAUCUCAUCUCAACUACAUGGGCUGAGAAUUACGGUCAAAGGAAUCUAAGUUCCCGUGUGCCCUCCGAUGAAACAUUGUCCCGACUAUGGCCGAGAAUCUUUACUGUGACCUACGUGACAGCUUUUCUCGAAGGGUCAAUGUACAUCAUGGUAUUUUCCUGGACAGGAAUUCUUAUCUCAGCCGACAAAGCCUCGAAUAACUCAGCUAGCCUCCCGUUCGGGAUAAUUUUCGCGUCAUUUAUGAGUUCAAUGACCCUUGGCUCGUAUAUCUUCGAAAUUGAGACGGGAAACGGCAACCACUCACUUCAAGCCUCUUCACAUGCGAUCCAAAUAGCCUUGUCAUUCGCCGCAUCCGGUCUUCUGCUCGCUGUCAUGCUUGAACGGGCGAUUUUCCGAUUCUGGGCGCUAUGUCUGUUUGAACUUUCGCUCGGAAUAUACUUCCCAGCAGUCGCGUACGUUAAAGGUAUUUUGGUUCCAGAAGAACACCGGGCAAAGAUUUACGGGGCCAUGAGAGUUCCAGUGAAUGCCUUCGUUAUGUUUGUCCUCUCCAAGGUUGAAGACACGGACGAAAGCCGCGAAGACCGGCUUGUAGUAUGCAGCGGUCUUCUGUUGAUCGGCAUCGUGCUAACAGCUCGAUACAUGCAUGCUUUAGAGGUACGGGGACAUUGA